UCCUCCACACUUGGUGGCGCUGAAGCGCUAAAUCCCGACCCGCACUAGAUCGUUAGAAGAAGAAUGGUAGUCAAGAUGGACGCGGAGCUGUUGCUGUUUUUGGUGUCUGAGAACAAGGAAUUAUUUGAUAAAAACCACAGUGAGUACAAAAACACGAAGCGGAAAGAAGUUCUCUGGCAAGGAAUAGCAGACAAAAUGGGAGUCGAUGUGGAAGAGGUGAAAGCUAAAUGGAAAAAUCUAAGAGACACAUACACCAGGAAAAAGCGGCUGGAGCAGGAUGGGAGUCGGGGUGGAAGGGCAGCUAAGAAAAAGAAGCAAUGGAAAUAUAUGCGAGUGAUGGACUUUCUCGAUCCCUCCACAGAACACAGAAGUGUUCUAUUGGACAGCCUUCCCAGCAAAAUCGAGGAUGAUGAGCCAGAUGAAGACAGCGGGGCCGAACCAGCCAGCACCAGUACAGGAACAUCAGUGACAAGUCCAGGAGCGAUCAAUGUC